CUUCAACACCCAUCAAGCUCGCCACUGCCGCGAUGCCGCCCUCAACAGGCCGCCGCCGCAAGAUCUCCCUGGCCUGCGAGCCAUGCCGGGUGCGUAAGUCGCGCUGCGACGGCGGGAAGCCCAUCUGCGCAACAUGCCAGCACCGCCGCCUGCCCCUGAGCCGCUGUGUGUACACGAUUGAGCAGAACGCCCGCAUGGCGAGCAACGACGAAUACAUCUCUGCCCUCCAUGAGCGAAUCCGCCAGCUGGAGGGUGCGGUGCGGGCCCAGGCCGAGUCGUCGCAGAGCAGUCCCCAGGCAUCAGGGGUCCCUGGUGACCUGGGCAGCCGAACCGGAACUCCCGUCCGCACCACCACGGAACCACCCCCUGAGGUCGCUGGCGCCCCUUCCCUUCGCCUACCUUCCCCUCCAGCCACGGACACAGCAACACGCCACGUCUAUUGCCGCGAUGAAGCGCCGAAGAACCAGCAUGCUAGGUCCGUCGACUCACGAAUCACGGCCAUGGGCACAGUCGCCUCCGAAGACAGUCUUGACGGCGAUAUCACCCCGAGGGAUGAGUUCUACGGCAACUCGUCUGCCGCCUCCUUCAUUAAGGAGACCUGCAACGGCGUCAUGACCCUCAACGAGGUCCUCAACCCCCCUCGCUCGCCCCCCACCCGGCCCCGCGUCGGUUGUGCUCCCAGCCCUCGCUACUGGCACAACUCGGCGUCCUUCACCCUGCCCCCCCGGGCCCUUGCCGAUCACCUCGUCGCGCGCUACUUUGACCGUGUCUUCUACCUGUACCCCUUCAUCCACCGGCCCAGCUUCGACAAGGCAUACCGGUCCCUAUGGGAGCCCGCCGGUCUGGGCCACCCACCGGAAAGGCCCUUCGCCGACCCGGACCCGGACCAUUCGCCCUUCCUGGGACUGGGAAGCUCCCCCAACGCCGGCGCCGACUCCAUCGUCUUCCACUGCGCCCUCAACGCCAUGUUCGCCUUGGGGUGCCACUUCUCCGACUGGAUCGGCAAUGACCGAGACAUCACCGCCCUAGUGUUCCUGAACCGCAGCAAGUCGCUCAUGACGCUCGACUUUCUCGAGUCAGACCCUCUGGGCGUCGUGCAGGCGCUGCUCAUCAUGACUUUGUUCCUUCAGAGCACCCCAUUCGCCGGCCGGUGCUGGAACAGUGUCGGCAUUGCGUGUAGGCUCGCCCAGGGCGCCGGCCUUCACAGCGAAUCCGGCGGCAGCGGACGCCCACCGCUCGAGAAGGAGAUGCGGAGGCGGGUUUGGCACGGCUGCGUGGUGCUUGACAUGCUUGUCAGCAUGACAUUCGGCCGCCCAACCAUGACCACGCAUGCCUCCAAUGUUCCGCUGCCCUCGCUCACCGACGAGGGCGACGAUGCUAGGGCCGCCGCCGGUCCGGAGGCCCCGUCUCGCAUAGGAUACUUCACGCAGAGCAUCCGCCUUUCCAUGAUCCUGGAGAAGAUUCUCGACAGGGUCUAUCAGCCAUGGAGGGGCAAGUCCAGGAGGGACGAGGCCCACCACAGCAGCAACUUUGACGCCAUCAUUGAACUUGACUCGGACCUCGCGUCGUUCGAAGCCUCGGUGCCGGGUUUCCUCGCCUGGACGGGCGAGGGCGUCAUACCGGCUUCCGGCUUCGAGCUGCUCGGACUCAUGCAGCGGAACGUGCUCAAGGGCCGAUUCUUUUACGUCCGACUGAUGCUGCAUCGACCCCUGCUUUCCGGCUUGUGGACUUCCCAUCGCCAACAAACAAGCGGCGCUGCAGCGGGGGGGUCGGGCUCCGAUUCCAGCUGCUCGGCCAACGCCCUUCGGUCCUCCUUGACUGUCCAAUGCGGCAGUUCCUGCGUCCGCUGCGCCAUGGACCUGCUGGACCUGACGUACAGCACCUUUGAGGCGCAGCAUGGCACGGCGUGGUGGUGGAGCGCGCUCUACGCGUCGACUGCCGGGCUGGUGCUGGUGAUGGCUCUCUCCUGUCCACUGCUGCACACGUCCCUCGAUAUCCAUUCCCUCGAGACGUCCUGGGGAGUCUGCCGCGCAAUUCUAGCCCAGCUCGCGAACCUGAACGCGAGUGUGCAGAAGUCACUCGACUUGCUGGACAGGUUCUACAGCCUGACCUGCGCUGACACGAGCAAGUCUUUCUGCCUCAACUUACACAAUACAUGAUUUGUGGGCUGACAUCGACCUCCAGGUGCUGAGGAAUCCUCAGCUGCGCUCAUCAAUGCCGCCCAAAAUGGGGAUACAUUGCCCGACUUGAUGGCGCAUUUUUACCCCGAAGACAUGGUGAGCGACCUUG